CCGUGCUCUUUGUCCGGUAUGCAAUCAUCGCCGUAGCCAGAGGCUUACUCCCAUAAUCAUUUUGCUAUUUUUAUGUUUGACAACACGGGAGCUUUUCGGGAGCCGUCACGGCCUUUUGUCUUGGAAUCCUGGGUCUUUGUGUCCUUAGCUAAUCCGUCUAACACAUGACAGCCUUGAGUAAGAUCCCAGGAGACGCCGAUUACACGCUAAUGAUUUUCGGAGGGGGAGUUGAGGCCUCCCGUCUCUAAUUAGAACAUUAAUAUCCCCUCUGACAGUAUGAGAAAGCCUUGAAAUGAAUGGGACGAGCUGUUGAGCUUGGGGGGCACGACCCGCGUAACGCUUUAAUCGCAUGCUUGCUGUCCUUCUCGAUAGAGAACUCACAAGGACACCAAAGCCCAGCUUCUAGUCUGGCAUCCAGUGGCGUUGCGCUCUUUCAUGAUUGGAUUGGCAAGGCCAAUGGUGGUCCACAACAUGUCCAUCACCCAAUGAACACGUAGUAGAGAACGACCUUUUACAGUACAAGCUUUUGCACGACUGGACAUCCGUGUUGCUUUCUUUC